AUGCUCCUCGGCUCUGCCCUGCGCGCAGUACCGACGUCUCAGCCUCCAGGCGGCGCUCUCGCUGCCCCGUGCGUGCGCUACCGCCACGUCGCGCGCACACUCAUGCCGCAGGCCGGGGACGGGAGUCUCCUUCCGCGCGGAGGCCACAGCGCUGCUGGCUGCCGUGGGGCCCCUCCCCUUGACGAGGUUCCGCCGUCUCCACCGUCCGUUCCUCCACCGCGCACUUCCCCGAGAGCGCGUCCGGGCACGCGUGAGGUCGCGCCCCCCAUUCCCCGCCCGCAACGGCUGCGCCCCGCCCCCCGCCGCCACGCCCCGCCCCCGCCGCCGCGGCCCCGCCCCCGCGGCCCAUCCGGCCGGCUGAGCUCCGCGGCCGCGCCUUCCAGGUCGCCGGCCUUCUCUCUUGCGGUGUCUGCUGCCGGCUUAGGCGCGCUUCCGUCCGGCCGCGCGGCCUCCGUACUCCGGGCGUUCCCGCCGGCUCCCUUUGCUCCCGUGCGCUGUGUUUCCCGCCUCCUUCGUGUUUCUUCAGGUGGUGUUGAGGCCGGUGUGACACACGGGGGUCACCUGGAAACCCGCCGGGCGCAGGGCGGAGGCUCGUGCCCCCGCUGCUGGCGGGCCCCGCGCGCCCCCGUCGGACCUCAGGAUCGCAGACCUGCACUGCCGGCUGUCAUACAGUCUCUGAUUUUUCGGUUGUCCGCCGGGAAGAAUGUUGUACACAAGCCAGAUGUCCUCGCCGAUCUCGAACCCGAGGCCUUGAGGAAGCUGGGACCUGGGUGUCGAGCAAGAGUCAGAGAAAUGGGGCUACUAGGAAAUAUAUAUGCCUUGUGUGACCUGUAUUUGUGGCUCCCCUAAAGCUGCACUGGACAACACUGACCUGGAAUAUAGGGAACAGGACAUACAGAGGUGGACGCAGAGGCAGACAGAUCGGGAUCAUGACCCAAGGAUGCCAGGAGGCUGGUCUCUACCCCAGGACUGGUUUCUGAGGAAACCACUGUGCUUUGCUGCCAUCACAGAUCUUAGGAAGUUUCCUCCCGCUGGGCGGAAGAGCCAACGCUUUCCAGGGACACACUCUCCUGUGGCCACUUUGGGUCUGUGCCUUGAACACCAAAGACCCUUCAAUGUGACUGCCGUGCAGGAAAGCUCCUGGUUGAAUAGGAACGUCGGUGGGAGCCAAUGAAUGCAAGGGUUUGUUCCAUUUGGGAUAAAAAUCUGCAAAAAUGUCUGAAUUUCCUUUUUGUUUUUUUUCUUUGCAAAGAGAAUCUAGUGACUAAGAUAAAAUAUCUGAUGGAACAGCUUGGGAGCUCUAAUAUUUUACCAUUUUGACCACAAAUAUGUCAAUUUCAUGUAAUUCCACCUAACCAUUUCUAUAACACAGGGUCCUAAAGAACUUUGGGUCCCCAUCAACAAUUCCACCUUUCAUGAUGACAUGUUAGGGAGCGGCUAGUUCAGUACGAUGGCCUGAGAAGGUUGUGACUCACCCGAGGCCAGAAGGGGGCACAGCAGCUGAGGGAUGCUGCUCCAGGGGAAGGGGGAGAGGGGGUGAGGUUCGCCACAUCAGGGAGUCAUUCCCUUUGGACAAAUGCUUUGUAUCAAACGACUUAUUUGUCACUUUAGAGCUAGGAAAAUACAGUUUGGGCUUCCUAUCAGUUGCAUUCCCGCUAACCCAGUUUUGGCUGCACCUGGCCCUGGCAGUGACCUGGUGUCAUUGUGCUUAGAUGCAACCACCCCCGAUGUGAGUUGUGGCCCUUACCGGGGAGCCCAGAGGUUCAUAUAAGCAAAUUGACCUCCCCAGAGAAUUCUUCCCAUGGCAUGGAAUGAACUCCGUGUCACUCCAAUCCCUCUUUUUAAUGUCCAACCAUGAAUCGUUUUUGCAUCUUUAGUCUAAUUAGGGCAUUUAAUCCCACUUAAUCCUCUGCCCAAGUGCACUGCCCACCCUCUGCCUCCUCCCACCCACUGGACAGUGGCUGUGUGCCUGGAAUAGGCCGGAAGGAAUUUCCGGUUUUGUUUUCAGUUCUGCUAAGCAAAGUUUUAUUCAAAGGGCCUUUAAACAUUUUCAGUUUCUUUUGUAGUAGAUUUUUCAGUGAUUUGCACAAAUGCCAGAAAAGUUAACAGGCUGGGUUUCCAACAUAAUAGAAAUGAUGAAGAUGUAUGUUUUCUUUUG